AUGCAGAACGGGUUAAUCAAUGGCGAAGCAAUACAGCUCCAAAGGCAGGAACAGCAGUUGGCUGAGGAUCACCAGGAAAGAGAAAUUGAACGUCAGGAGGCAAUUAGACAACAGGUACAGCAGCAUUCUCAGUAUGCUGAUCUGUGUUAUGAAGAGCUACAAGCUCAGCAACUCAUUAGAAUCCAAAGAGCUGCUCAAGAAGAGCUUGAAAGGAGGAAAGAUGAGCUAGCAGAUCAGGCUCACAGGGCUGCCAGGGAUGCUGUAGACCAAGGCGGGGACUUAAAUGAACUGGUGAUACGCCAGGAGGCCCGACAACCAUAUGUAGAGCCUCUAUACCAUCAUACUUUACGCAACAUGGAAGUAGAGUGCCGUAAUUGUGGAGCAUUACACUGGGAUACCGAGAGACUCACAAGUUCCUCCAGGAUCCAUCCAAAAUUUGGUGUGUGCUGCCUUCAAGGUCAAGUUAGGCUGGAUCCUUUCCAGGAAGCACCUGCUGCGCUACACUGUCUGUUCCGUGGGGUUGACAUUACUGCACAUGAAUUCCGCGACAAAGUUCGCUCAUACAAUAAUGCUUUUGCGUUUACAUCUUUGGGUGUCAAGAUAGACUAUGCUGUCACAAGUGCUGCCGGACCUUAUAGUUUCCGUAUCCAUGGAGUGUAA